AUGCAGACGCUUGCGCGGGCUUAUCAUCUCCAUUUUUUGCCUUCUCUCCCUUCCGUUGCCCUUGACCGUUCAGAACAGAACAUCCGGAUUGCCGUCUGGCAAACCAUUUUUCGGGGGGCCACUCAACUCCAUGUCUGCAGCAAAAGUAUGCCACCAGAUGUUCAACCUUCACACAGACGUUCUGUUUGGUCCACAGUUGCGUAA